AAUUAUGGAUGAAUAUGGUCGAGAACCUUGUCCUCAUCGAAUUUAUGCGGAUGCUGGAAGUGCUUUUGCCAUGGGUCUUAUUGGUGGUUCUAUUUUCCAUGGAAUUAAAGGAUUUCGAAAUGCACCAAAAGGCUUUAACCAAAGUUUGAUUGAGCAAAUUUGCUUUAUUUUAUUCUUCUUAGGAUUGCUCAACGCUGGUCGCGAGAUACGUAUUCGAAGUCCUGUCACGGGAUCACAAUUUGCAGCUUGGGGAGGGAUGUUCUCGGUUAUUGAUUGUUGUAUUGUUUCUGUGCGGAAAAAGGAAGAUCCUUGGAAUUCAAUAAUGGCUGGUGCUGCUACUGGUGGUCUUCUUUGUGCUCGAAUGGGAAAAGGUCCAAUGAUAGCUUCAGCAGCAUUUGGUGGAAUAAUUUUGGCAAUGAUUGAGGGUGCUGGUCUUUUAAUGAAUCGAUUUACUGCAACUUGGAUGAUGGGUCAACAACAACAAAUGCCUCCGCCGCCUGAAGAGCCGAGAGCGUUGGGAGCAAAAGAGAAACAGACAUCAGAAAAGCAAUCUUCUAGUGGUGGGUCUAUUCAUUCUACGAACUUUUCUGAAUCUUCUGCUAAUGUUGCUCCAUUUGGAUUUGCCACACAACAUUAA